AUGUCUCAGAAGCCGCGGUGGCCAAGCCACCCCAGCGCCUUGCUCAUCCCCGAGGCGCGGGGAGGGCGAGCGCAGCGCGCCACGUACCUACUCCUGGCGCUGUGUGCCACGGCGCUGUACCUCACCGGGGAGCCCCUCGCGCCCAUCGCUCGGGCCUUCACCUUCCACUUUGUGGCCCUGCAGAUCGGGGCGCUGCUCAGGGGCACCUGCUACCUGGCCGAGGAGAUCUUCCACCUCCAGUCCAGGCAUCACGGCAACUUCUGGAGGGCCCUGAACGCCUGCUUCCCCCUGCGCUGGCACAUGCCCUUGUUGCUCGUAGGUGGCUUGGCCUACGCGGCUCUUCUUGAUGGAGAUGGGCAGCCGCUCAGCAUCCACCUCGGCCUGGCCAGCCUGUGCCACCUCCUCAUCCUCGCUCUGGGGCUCCACAAGCCCUCGGCAGUGGAAAUGUCGGAGAUGUCGGAGAGGUCCAGGCAAAACGUCGCUCAUGGGCUCGCCUGGUCUUAUUACGUUGGGUACCUAAAAAUAGUCCUGCCACGGGUGAAAAAGUCGAUGGAGGAAUUCAGCAGAGCCAACCCCACCGUGCUGGCAUACAGGGAGACCUGGAAGCUCCACAUCUUGGUCCCUCUGAGCUGCGAUGUCUGUGAUGACCUGGAGAAAGCCGACAGCAACAUCCAGUACCUGAUGGAUGUCGCUGAGACCACCCUGACCCGAGCUGGCACCAGAAAAAGGGUCUACAAACACAGCCUCUAUGCAAUCAGGGAUGAAGACAACAAGCUCUGGCACUGCGCAGUGGAGUACGCCACCCCGCUGCAGUCCCUCUACGCCAUGUCCCAGGACGAGUGCGCUGCCUUCAGCCGGGAGGAGCGCCUGGAGCAGGCCAAGCUUUUCUACAGGACCUUGGAGGAGAUCCUGCAAGGCUCCAAGGAGUGCGCGGGUACCUACAGGCUCGUCGCGUACGAGGAGCCGGCAGAAGCAAAGUCCCACUUCUUGUCCAGAGAGAUCCUCUGGCACCUCCGGCAGCAGCGCCACGAGGAGUAUGUCGUGCAUGAGGGGAACCAGCCGCACGUCCCGGCCAUGACCCUCAGCUCCGCAGACCUCAAUCUCCAGAUAAGUGAGUCAGAUCUGCCGCAGCCUUUGCGAAGCGACUGCUUCUAA